AUGGCUCUGGUUACCUCGAAGACGACGUGGGGCAGCGUGGAGGUGGCCCUGACCAGGCUCUGCAGUGUCCUGCUCUGCUGCGGCCCCAUGCUGGCUGGCUGCCGCCGGGUGACCUUCUUCCCAGCAAUGUUAACUCUCCCUGCAGGUGGCUCAGCCACCUUCUUCUGCAAUAUCUCCAUGGAGAACGACUCCAGCUCAGAGUACAGCCUCAACUGGUACAAGGAGACCAACCAUAGCCAAGCCCAAAAAAUCGCUGAGAUCAACCCCCAGAUCAGCCAGAUCAACCGCCAGAUGAAGACAGAGAAGUACCUGCUCACCAACCAUACUCCUGCCUUCAAGAUUGAGAUCCUGAACCUCCACCAGAACGACUCAGGCUCCUACUUCUGUGGACUGAUCACCUUCUUUGAACCUGAUAAAGUGAUGGAGAGCAAUAGGUCCCAGUUGGUGGUCACAGCAGCCUCUGAGAAGGUGAAUGCUACUGAUGAGCCCGAGAUGGAGGAAAGCAACCCCCCAGACUAUAUCAAGGCCAUGCUCCUGGGGAUCCUGUUGCUGGUUGGGGUGGUUGUGCUGCUGAUCUUCGGCUACCUCACCAUCAUGAACAGGAGAGGAGGUGUACAGAAACCACGAAGUGAAAACAGCCCAGUGGAGGAAGAGAAGCCCCCUGUGGUGUCCGUGUCCACUGUGGACUAUGGUGUGCUGGAGUUUCAGCGGGACCAGCAUAUCCAGGUCCCCCCUGAGACCUCACCAGUUGACCACACUGAAUAUGCCACCAUCAUCUUCCCGGAGGAGAAACCUGUCACACCAGAGCGGGGGAAGAAACACCCAGACAAGAAGAUGUGGCAGCUGCAGUUCCAGCCCUGCUGA